UGCAGCUCUCCCGAGAGACGCCGCCGGGGGACUCGGGGACCCUGGCCCGGAGGCGCAAGGACAUGUGGAAACGAACUUAAAAUCAUUGCGCGUGGAUGAAGGAUCAGCGUUACGGGAGGUCAUCUUGAUGAAAAUUCUUCAAAAUAAUCUGCUUCAAAUAGGAGAAAGAAACGAAUCUUCCCAUCAGAAACCCUACUCUGGAAUAAUCCCAUUCAUUUCCUGAAGAUCUUAUUAUGAUUGCCACGGAGACGAACCAGAGCAAGAGCUAAAACCUUUGUGUUGGUCACGAUGACUUCCGAAGAACUGACAGCCGCUGUUCUCAGGCCUGUGAGGCAGAGGAAAGCGGUAUCUGCCCAGCCAGCUGCAGACGAACACAGUGUAAAGGUGUCAGACAUCGGUGCUGUGCAAGCACCUACCAUCAGUCCGACCGGACAGCUUUCUCAUACCAUCCCAUGCCUGAACAAACUCAAGAAGGAAUCUUCUGGAAGCCCCUUGCCCCAGAUUCUUUCAAGAGCAAGGGAGGAAACAAUGAGUGAUGAGAACAGUAAUGAGAAGUGUUGGGAGAAAGGCACGCCAGAUUCUGUGAAAAACCUUAACAUUAACUGCAACAACAUAUUGAAAACCCAUCAGCACAGCCUUCCUCAGAGCCAGGUUUGUGGAAAGUGCAACUCUGUUGCAGAGGAAGGCCUGUGUUUAGAAACUGGAAUUCUUUCCCCACUGGAAAGAAAGGUGUUCCCUGGAAUUCAACUGGAAAUAGACAGACCUCCCAUGGGCAUGGACCCUUUAGGAAACCAGCCAGCCAUCAUGGAGACCACCAGAGCACAAGACAACAUGGCGGUGAUUCAUUUUCAUUAUGAAGUGGACAGAAUGUCAGACACUUUCUGUACACUCACAGACAACUUAAUUCUGGAUGAUUGUGGCAAUUGUGUACCGCUGCCUGGUGUUAGAGGGGAGCAAAAGGAAAGUUACAUGGCAUAUACUUGUAGCUUGAUGGAAUUGGCAAAGCACUGUGAUAAUCAGAAUGGCCAUCUGCAGUGUGAUCACUGUGACACUUUGCAUGAUCAGUACUUGUGCUUUGACAAUUCUUGCCGGAAAGGCAACACGGUAUGUUCAAGUGAUAGCUUUUGCCAGGAAGAUCCUACAGACAGACUGCCUGCCAAGACCUUUCUGAGCCAUUUUGAGGAUUUCCCUGAUAAUUGUGAAGAUGUAGAAGAGGAUUUUUUAAAAGGCAAGAAGGAGCGAUCCACUCUGUUGGUCCGAAGAUUUUGUAAAAAUGACAAGGAAGUUAAGAAAUCUGUGUAUACUGGGACAAGAGCAAUUGUGAGAACGCUGCCGUCUGGCCACAUAGGGCUGGAUGCUUGGACUCACACUGUUCAGAAGAAAAGUGAACUCUUACCACCUUGUGGGAGGGUCAUGGAGCCUCGGUCUACGGUGGCCGUCAGGCAAGAUGAUGGGAGUUGCUGCCUGUCAGAAACUCAAUGGUAUCAGAUCUACCAUGCAGUGAGAAGAGAAGAAACACAAGAUACCGUUGGAUCUUGCCUCCAUCUCUUCGGAAAGCUCCCAGCAUCUGAGACGGCCCAUGGAAGGAUUCACAUUGGUCCAUGCUUAAAGCGAUGUGUCCAGGGCCCCUCCUGUGAGUUCCGUGCCACCCUCCAAAGGACCUCCAUCUCUCAGUACAUCACCGGGUCCCUCCUAGAAGCCACCACCUCUUUAGGAGCAAGAAGCAGCCUGCUCAGUACUUUUGGAGGAUCCACUGGACGAAUAAUGCUGAAAGAGCGUCAGCUAGGUACCUCCAUGGCCAGUUCCAACGCCCUCGCUUCAAGUACAGCUGGGAUCAGCAAGGAACUGAUCGACCUGCAGGCCCUCAUCCAGUUCCCAGAAGAAGUUGCCAGCAUCCUGACGGAGCAGGAGCAGACUAUCUACCGCAGGGUCUUACCCGUUGACUACCUUUGCUUCUUAACCCGGGAUUUGGGGGCUUCGGAAUGCCAGCAGUCCCUCCCCUGCCUCAAAGCGUCCAUCUCAGCAUCGAUUCUGACACCCCAGAAUGGAGAGCACAAUGCCCUUGAGGAUCUUGUAAUGAGAUUUAAUGAGGUGAGCUCCUGGGUGACGUGGCUGAUCCUCGCAGCGGGCUCCAUGGAAGAGAAGAGGGAGGUCUUCUCCUACUUGGUGCACGUGGCCAAAUGCUGUUGGAACAUGGGCAACUACAAUGCUGUCAUGGAGUUCUUGGCUGGCCUCAGGUCCCGAAAAGUGCUAAAAAUGUGGCAGUUUAUGGACCAGUCCGACAUUGAGACCAUGAGGAGCCUGAAGGACGCGAUGGCUCAGCACGAAUCUUCCUGCGAGUACAGGAAGGUGGUGACCCGGGCGCUGCACAUCCCCGGCUGCAAGGUGGUUCCGUUCUGUGGGGUUUUCCUGAAGGAGCUCUGCGAGGUCCUUGACGGAAGCUCCGGCCUCAUGAAGCUUUGCCCAAGAUACAACUCCCAAGAAGAAACUUUAGAGUUCGUAGCAGAUUACAGCGGACAAGACAAUUUCUUACAACGAGUGGGACAAAAUGGCUUAAAGAAUUCCGAGAAGGAGUCGACCGUCAACAGCAUCUUCCAGAUCAUCAGGAGCUGCAGUCGCAGCCUGGAGACGGAGGAUGAGGGCGGCCUCGGUGAAGGCAGCGGCUCCAGGAAAAACUCCUUGAAGGAGAAAACUCGGUGGCAGUUUAUAAUUGGAGACUUGUUGGAUUCCGAGAGUGACAUCUUUGAGCAGUCCAAAGACUGGGAUCCACACCGAACAGAAGAUCCACCGCCCAAGGCCUUUGACCAUGGCACGGAGCUCAUCCCCUGGUACGUGCUGUCCAUCCGCGCGGACGUUCAUCAGUUCCUGCUGCAGGGAGCCACGGUCAUCCACUAUGACCAGGACUCUCACCUGUCUGCCCGCUGCUUCCUCCAGCUUCAACCUGACAACAGCACCUUGACCUGGAUAAAGCCCACCACCGCCUCCCCAGCCAGCGUGAAAGCCAAGCUUGGCGGGCUCAGUAACAUGGCCGAACCGGGCAAAUUCCCGUUACUGGGCAAUGCUGGAGUGAGCGGGCUGACGGAGGGGCUUCUGGACUUGUUUUCCACCAAGGCUGUGUACAUGGGACACCCGGGCAUUGACAUACACACUGUGUGUGUUCAGAACAAGCUGGGUAGCAUGUGUCCCUCAGAGACUGGCGUGACGCUGCUCUAUGGGCUUCAGACCACGGACAAUCGGCUAUUGCACUUUGUGGCGCCAAAGCACACGGCCAAAAUGCUCUUCAGCGGCUUGCUGGCACUCAUUCGAGCCGUGAGGAAGAUGAGAAGGUUCCCUGAUCAGAGACAGCACUGGCUGCGAAAACAGUACGUCAGCCUCUAUCAGGAGGACGGACGCUAUGAAGGCCCAACUUUGGCUCAUGCUGUGGAGCUGUUUGGAGGCAGACGAUGGAGUACUCGAAACCCCAGCCCUGGGACAUCAGCCAAGAGCACUGAGAAGCCCAACAUGCAGAGAAACAACACGCUGGGCAUAAGCGCCACCAAGAAAAAGAAGAAAAUUCUCAUGAGGGGUGAGAGUGGAGAAGCAACCGACGACGAGAUGGUGGCCCGAAAGGCCAAAACGUACAAAGAGUGUCGAAGUCGGAGUGGUUCUGACCCUCAAGAGAUUAACGAACAAGAGGAAUCCGAGGCAAAUGCCAUCACCAGCCCUCCUCACCCUCUCCCAUCCAGAAGAGCCCACUCUUUGACCACAGCUGGGCCUCCGAACUUGGCUGCCGGGACAUCAUCUCCCAUCAGGCCAGUGUCCUCCCCUGUGCUGUCUUCUUCAAACAAGAGCCCGUCCAGUGCUUGGAGCAGCAGCAGCUGGCACGGGCGAGUCAAAGGUGGAAUGCAGGGCUUCCAGAGCUUCAUGGUUUCAGACAGUAACAUGAGUUUUGUUGAAUUCGUUGAGCUGUUCAAAUCCUUCAGUGUGAGAAGCCGGAAGGACCUGAAGGAUCUCUUUGACAUCUACUCCGUGCCCUGCACCCGACUGGGCUCCGAGUCAGCCCCACUCUACACCAACCUUACUAUCGAAGAACACACCAGCAGCCUCCAGCCGGACCUAGAUUUGCUGACCAGGAAUGUCUCGGAUUUGGGGUUGUUUAUUAAGAGUAAACAGCAGCUCUCAGACAACCAGAGGCAGAUCUCUGAUGCCAUCGCGGCGGCCAGUAUUGUGACAAACGGCACUGGGGUCGAGAGCACGUCCCUGGGCAUCUUCGGAAUUGGUAUACUCCAGCUCAAUGACUUCCUGGUGAACUGCCAAGGCGAACACUACACGUACGACGAAAUCCUCGGCAUCAUUCAGAAGUUCGAGCCUAGUGUCAAUAUGUGUCACCAGGGCCUAAUGUCAUUUGAGGGAUUUGCAAGGUUCCUCAUGGAUAAAGAUAACUUUGCCUCGAAAAACGAUGAGUCGCAGGAGAACAGGAGAGACCUGCAGUUACCCCUCUCCUUCUACUACAUUGAAUCUUCGCACAAUACCUACCUCACAGGCCAUCAGCUCAAAGGCGAAUCCUCGGUCGAACUCUACAGCCAGGUUCUCCUGCAAGGCUGUAGGAGCGUGGAGUUGGACUGCUGGGAUGGAGAUGAUGGGAUGCCAAUCAUUUAUCACGGUCACACACUGACAACCAAGAUCCCCUUCAAGGAAGUGGUUGAGGCCAUCGACCGCAGCGCCUUUAUCACCUCUGACCUGCCGAUCAUCAUAUCGAUUGAGAACCACUGUUCAUUGCCUCAGCAACGAAAAAUGGCAGACAUUUUCAAGACUGUGUUUGGAGAUAAGCUGGUGUCUAAAUUCUUAUUUGAGAGUGAUUUCUCAGAUGAGCCAAUGCUUCCAUCGCCUGAUCAACUAAGGAGGAAAGUGCUCCUCAAAAAUAAGAAGCUGAAAGCCCACCAGACGCCCGUGGACAUUUUAAAGCAAAAGGCUCAUCAGUUAGCCUCCUUGCAGGCUCAGGCCUCCACUGGUGGACCUGCCAACCCGACCCCGGCCACCAAUGAAGAAGAGGAGGAUGAAGAGGAUGAAUAUGAUUACGACUAUGAAUCCCUGUCUGAUGACAAUAUUCUGGAAGACCGACCUGAGAAUAAGUCCUGCAGUGACAAGCUUCAGUUCGAGUAUAACGAAGAGCUCCCCAAGAGGAUAAAGAAAGCAGACAGCGCUGCCUGCAGCAAAGGGAAGGUUUAUGACAUGGAGCUGGGGGAAGAAUUUUAUCUUCCUCAGAAUAAGAAGGAAAGCAGGCAGAUUGAACCAGAGCUUUCGGACCUUGUCAUCUACUGCCAAGCAGUAAAAUUUCCAGGCCUGUCAACUUUGAAUGCUUCUGGCUCUGGCCGAGGAAAAGAAAGGAAAAGCAGGAAGUCCAUUUUUGGCAACAAUCCAGGCAGAAUGAGCCCAGGGGAGACAGCAUCUUUUAACAAGACAUCUGGAAAAAGUUCCUUCGAAGGGAUGCGUCAAGCCUGGGAAGACUCUUCUCCUCUCAACCCAACCACGUCCCUCAGCGCCAUCAUUAGAACUCCCAAGUGUUACCACAUCUCGUCGCUGAAUGAGAACGCCGCCAAGCGUCUGUGUCGCAGGUAUUCUCAAAAGCUCAUCCAGCACACCACCUGCCAGCUGCUGCGGACCUACCCCGCCGCCACGCGCAUCGACUCCUCCAACCCCAACCCCCUCAUGUUCUGGCUCCACGGCAUCCAGCUGGUGGCCCUCAACUACCAGACGGACGACCUCCCUUUACACUUAAGUUCGGCCAUGUUUGAGGCCAACGGUGGCUGUGGUUAUGUUUUGAAACCUCCGGUUCUGUGGGACAAAAGCUGCCCGAUGUAUCAGAAGUUCUCUCCAUUGGAACGAGAGCUGGAAAACCUGGAGCCUGCCAUCUACUCGCUCACGAUUGUCUCGGGUCAAAACGUGUGUCCUAGCAACAGCACGGGCAGCCCGUGUAUUGAAGUUGACGUCCUGGGCAUGCCCCUGGACAGCUGCCACUUCCGCACCAAGCCCAUCCACCGGAACACGCUGAACCCUAUGUGGAACGAGCAGUUUCUCCUCCGGGUCCACUUCGAAGACCUGGUCUUCCUUCGCUUUGCCGUGGUGGAGAACAGCAGCUCAGCCGUCACCGCUCAGAGAAUCAUCCCGCUCAGGGCUUUAAAACGAGGUUAUCGGCACCUUCAGCUGCGGAACCUCCACAAUGAACUCUUAGAAAUCUCCAGUUUAUUCAUCAAUAGCAGAAGGAUGGAAGAAAAUGCCUCAGGCAGUACCGUCCCCGCCUCUCUGAUGUUUAAUGCAGAAGAAAGAAACUGUGUGCAGACCCUCAGGGUCACGGUGCAUGGGGUUCCCGGACCAGAGCCCUUUACCGUUUUCACUGUCAAUGGAGGCACCAAGGCAAAGCAGCUUCUCCACCAAAUUUGGGCGAUGGAGCAAGGCGCCGGAGCCACCGCUACAGACUACUUUUUGAUGGAGGAGAAGUAUUUUAUAUCGAGAGAGAAGCACGAGAGCAGGAAGCAGCCCUUCCAGAGAGUCAUUGGUCCCGAAGAAGAGCUUGUGCAGAUCCUCAGCAGCUGGUUUCCAGAAGAGGGCUACGUGGGCAGGAUUGUCUUAAAGACCCAGCAGGAAAACCAAGAUGAGAAGAGCAUUGUUCAAGAUGACAGAGAGGUGACCUGCGGCUCAGAAGAGGAGAGUUUCUUUGUCCAAGUGCAUGAUGUCUCUCCCGAGCAGCCCCGGACGGUCAUCAAAGCGCCUCGUGUCAGCACCGCCCAGGACGUCAUUCAACAGACCCUAUGCAAAGCCAAAUAUUCCUACAGCAUUCUGAGCAACCCCAACCCGAGUGACUACGUGCUGAUGGAAGAGGUGUUGAAAGACCCUGCCAACAAGAAGUCUUCUACCCUAAAGGCCUCGCAGCGGGUUCUUUUGGAUCAGGAGUGUGUGUUCCAGGUCCAAAGCAAGUGGAAAGGUGCAGGGAAAUUCAUCCUGAAGCUAAAGGAGCAAGUGCAGGCAUCCCGAGAAGAUAAACGGAAAGGCAUUUCUUUUGCAAGUGAACUCAAGAAGCUCACCAAGUCAACGAGACAGCCCCGAGGGCUCCCAUCGCCUUCUCAGCUCUGCGCCUCAGAGAGCGUCCAGAACAAGGAGGAGAAGACCGCAAGCGGCUCACCCUCAAGUGACGUGGCGGACUCUCGGCAGUGAGCAUGCGCAGCGUGUGGCACCAGGUGAAGAUCCUUUGGCAAGAAGUCGAAAUAAAGAUCAUGAUGGAAAUAAAUGCAAUUUCCUUCUCGUCCUUAAACCUCAACUGGAAAUGGAAGCGUUCUGAACUGAAGCCUCCUUCCCAACUCACGUAAGGUCCAUGCUGACGCUAAGCACAGUACACUCAAGGAUGACCGCAGAAGCCCAAGCAUCAACAGGCGGCAGAAACACUGCUGAGCUUACAAUAGACUUAACAGAGAUCAUCAAGUGUUGCCUGUAAAAAUCCAGAUAGUAAAUAUUUUUAGACUUUGGGGGCCAGAUGGCCCUUCACUCCUAAACUCUGCCGUUGUAGCUCAAAAGUAGCCUUCGUCAGUACGUACAUGAAUGAGUAUGGUCAUAUUCCAAUAAAACCUUAUUUAUGGACACUGAAGUUUGAAUUCCAUAUAAUUUUCAUGUCUCACACAUAUUCUCUUGAUUUCUUUUCAACCAUUGAUAAGUGUAAAAACUCUUUAGCUCAGAGGCCAUACCAAAACAGGUGGCAAGCUCGACUGGCGUCAGGGCCAGCUUGUUCACCCUCACUCAACCCAGACUGGGGAACAAGCAGCACCGUUGUCUGAAAACUAGAAAGCUUUGGGGCCGUACAUUUUAUAGCUCAUAACCAGAAGAUCUGGAGGCAUGGAAAAUGUAAAUAUGUCCUAUAACCUAAGAUUCGUUAAAGUGAAAUUUAGUUUCUAUAUUAUGUAUCAUAGUGCACUCUUCAAAAUUUAUAGUGUAGAAUUGUGAUUUUUUUCAUAGUUCAUUGCUUAUAUACUCACAUUGUUCCACUUUUGGUGUUCACAGAAUGAAUUGAGAAUGAUGUACAAGUUCUCAUCGACUGAGUUGUGACUCCUUAUUAAGAAAUGUAACCAUUUUCUAAAAGCAAACGUACAUUUCGUAUUGAGAUUUAUUUUAUUGAAGCAAGGUUUGGACUGACACUGUACUUAUUUAUUAUACAUAACUUCCUUGAUACCCUUUAUGGACUUAGCAUUAGUGGUUUUCUCACUGUUUGAAGAUAGAGCUUUUAACAUCAGAACCAGGCUGCAUUUAUGUCAGAGCUUCUUCACUGAAGAGUUGUUGAUCCAAGUCAGACUUGCCUUUGAACGUAAAUUUUUCCUCAAAUCCUGCUGUAUUAAACUGUCAAAUAUGUGUAAAGGAUGCUUAUUCUUGCUGUGAGGCAUAUUACGGCUUUUUAAAAUUAAAUACCCAUGUUCCUACAGAGUGGAAUCUGAACUUUUCCGACCCCAUGGACAUCAUUCAAAUAUAGGAUGGUUUUCUGCAAAUUAAAAAAGCACACACGAAAAGCUAA